ACAGGAUGAUAAUUUGAUGGAAAGUGGGAAAUUCAUCAGAAAUGUAUGGUGAAGGAAAACAAAGGCAGAUUAGUAUUUGAAACCAACUCUCCCUACCAAAACAUCAAAGUUCUUCACUCCUUGCAGUUUGGGAAUGUCCUUAUUCUAGAUGGCGACAUAAAUCUUGCUGAAAGUGACAUUAUCUAUACCAAGACCAUAACAGGAGGUGGCAGAGAAGACUUCAAAGACAAAACAAUUCUUAUUCUUGGGGGAGGGGAUGGUGGAGUUCUAAAUGAACUCCUGCAGUACUCUCCUAAGUUUGUCACAAUGAUAGAUAUUGAUGAAGAUGUAAUAAACUGUGCUACAAAGUAUCUACGAGGAAUAUGUGGAGAUGCUUUAGACAAUCUUUUAGGAGAAAAUCACAAGGUACACAUUGGCGAUUGUGUUAAAUAUUUAGAGCAGUGUAUAAAAGAAGGAAGAACAUUUGACUAUGUUAUCAAUGAUUUGACAGCAAUUCCAGUCACUAAGGAACCUAUAGGUUCCUUGUGGGAAUUCUUAAGAUUGAUUCUGGAUAUGUCGAUGAAAGUGCUGUCGCCUAGUGGGAAAUAUUUCACCCAGGGGAACAGUUACAAUAAACCAGAUGCGUUAUUGAUGUAUGAGCAACAAUUAUCCAAGCUGUCUUGCCCUGUCCAAUUCAGAAAAGAGGAUGUUUUUGUUCCCUCCUACCACGAAAA